AUGCAGAAUGGAUAUCCUCUGCACCAGACCCCCACGGACGAUCGUGCUGCACGACCGUCCGCAUGGGAACGCUUCUGCAGCCUUUUUCACAUGAGACCCCCGGAAGACGACGAACCUCAAUCUUGGUGGAUCGCGUCGACUGCCAUUCCGCUAGUAGCGGCAGCGGCCGGACCGCUAGCUAAUGUCAUGUCGAUUGUUGCUCUGGUCAUGCCGUGGAGAAGUCGGAUCAUUUCGAACAAUGACGGGCCGGCUGGAAACAUAAUGCAAGCCGGUUACCCUGACCCUCACUGGAUCACUGCGAUGAACGCCGUUUCGCUAUUUUGCGGUGUGGUUGGCAAUGUGUUUUUGCUGUUUAACUUUACUACCACCAUUCGAUACAUCAUAGCGUUGCCGGUGACUAUCGUUUUGUGGUUUCUUGCCACAGGAAUAUUGGGUGGCCUUACGGCAUCACUAUCCAUAUACAGCCCGCCUAUUGCGCCAGACCAUAUCUACUCACAAGGUUACUGGAGUGCUGUCAUCGCGGCGAGUCUUUACUUCAUUCUCGCUUUUCUUUUGAUGAUUAACAUGCUCGGGUACUUUUUGGGGAGAUACCCACAGCAUUUCUCUUUGACAGAUGAUCAACGAACUCUCAUCUUACAAAUGACAGCCUUCGUGGUCUGGCUGCUUAUCGGCGCUGCCAUUUUCCAAAAGGUGCUGGGGAUCUCAUUUGCAGAUGCACUAUACUUCAGCGACAUCACAGUCUUGACUUUGGGGUUCGGUGAUGUGGUUCCGACGACAUCUGUAGGCCGAGGCCUGGUCUGGCCUUAUGCCGUGAUUGGAAUCAUUCAGCUGGGUUUGGUAGUCGGAAGUAUCCACCGAUUCGCGAAAGAAGUUCACUAUGACAACGUCGUCCUAAAACACAUCGAACAAAAGCGACAGUCCACGUAUGAGCGAACAAUUACAUGCCAGGAGCUCGACGAAGCCCGCGAAGAAGCGCAGGCGCAAGGAAAAGAGCCCGCUUUUCCGCCGGUAACCCACCGUCGCCACCAUCCACAUCAGCCCAUUCGGAACACCAUCCACGCCUUGGCCAAUAAUCGUCGACCUAAACUUCUUGUGAUGAGAGAAGAAAAGGACCGAUUUGAUGCCAUGCGAGCCAUUCAGUAUGAGACUUUGCGGUUCCGCCGUUGGAAUGAUCUGGUCAUUAGCAUUAUUGCAUUUGGUAUUGUGUGGAGUUGCGGAGCUGUCGUAUUCUGGCAACUGGAAAACGACAUGGAUUAUUUCGAGAGCUUAUACUUUUGUUUCUGCUCUCUGAUCACCAUCGGCUAUGGCGACUUCACACCCAAGUCGAAUGCAGGACGGCCUUUCUUCAUAGUGUGGUCUCUCAUUGCCAUCCCAACAAUGACAAUGCUCAUAUCGCAAAUGACCGACACGGUUGUUGCCGGCGUCAAGCAUUCUACCGAGCGGUUCGCCGACUUCUUCGUCCUGCCUCAGUCAGAAUCAUACCGUACAUUUCUCGCUCGUUUCCCGUGUAUUUUGCGGAUGCUGCAAAGACGGGAGGAGAAACAGCGGGUGAAGCUCGGGUUCCCAAUUGGCGCCCAAGUAGGAGAUGUCACCGCACCAGAAGACGGGCCAUCAUCAGCCCAAGAUCCAGAGAAAAUAACACCGCCCGCACCUCGCAGACGAUCAACGGAAGAGCGUCCGACCAGAACGAUCGAAGAACUGGCCCGUGAAACGAACCCAUCGCCGUUUGAACUUGCAGAACAGCUCGCUUUUGCCAUCCGUCGCACCACACAGGAUGUGCGCGAAGGUAAACGAAAGCGCUACAAGUACGAAGAAUGGGUUGAAUUUACCCGUCUGAUCCAAUUCACCGACCCAAGAUCACGACCAUCGUCUUCUGGAGCUAGAAGGCACCAUAUUGGAGACGGUAGUAUUUCAGUGGAGACGGAUGAAUUCGGAGUUCUGAACUGGGACUGGAUCGGAGAGAGUAGCCCCAUGUUAGCGCGUUUGACUGAGCCGGAGUGGAUCUUGGAUCGACUCUGUGAGAGUUUAAUUCGCUACGUGUCUACUCAAGAACAGGCUCGGGCUACGAUGCGGGGUCAGGUUGAUGACCAGUCUGAGGAGCCGACGCUGAAGAAAGAGAGAGAUCUCGGUAUUGAUCAGACCUGA